AUGGCCCGGGCCGGCAAGGGGAGGGGGGACCGGGAACGGGACAGGGACAGCGGGAGUGGGACACCGGGAACGGGACAGGGACCGCGGGAGUGGGACACCGGCACAGGGACACCGGCACAGGGACACCGGCACAGGGACCCUGGGACAGCGGGACACCGGGAGAGGGAGAGGAGGACGAAGAGCUCGAGCAAGGAGAGCCCGAACAAGAGUCAGAGCGAGAGCGCGUCGCUACAGUCGCUGCUGCUGCCGCUGCUGCUGCCGAAGCGCAGGGGCCGUUGGUCCGUUGGUCCGUUUGUCCGUUCCCCGUUGGCCCCCGCGAGCCCCGGGGGCAGCCCCGGCCGCUCCGCUCCCAACCAGCCCCGGCCGCAGUCACGGAGCUCCCCUUCCUCCCGCCCCCACGCCAAGACCACGGCCUUUUGGAGCUGCUUCACUUUAGUUCAACUUCUUGGCUGCCAAGUUUGCAACUUCCCGCCGCUGCUCGGACCCCAUCCCGCCCGCUCGGCCCGCGCUGCUGUCGCUUCCUCCCAGGCCAGCCGGGCUCGGCACUUGCCCCUCAACUUUGGCAAGGGCUUUGCUCAGCCCAGGCAGAGGAACCCCAGCACGGAGCCCCCGACCCCCGUCAGCAUCUUGGGGGGCGGCGUCCGACGGCAGCUCGGGCGACGCGCUCUCGCUCUGACUCUUGUUCGGGCUCUCCUUGCUCGAGCUCUUCGUCCUCCUCUCCCUCUCCCGGUGUCCCGCUGUCCCAGUGUCCCUGUGCCGGUGUCCCAUUGCCGGUGUCCCUGUGCCAGUGUCCCACUCCCGCUGUCCCUGUCCCGUUCCCGGUCCCCCCUCCCCUUGCCGGCCCGGGCCAUGGCCCCGGCCGUUCCCCUGUGCCGGGCGGGGCCGCCCCGUCCCCGGCCCUGGGCGGCCCGGCGCGGUCUCGCCCUCGCCCGGCUCCCGGCGCGCCGGUUGUGGCGCUGCUGGGCGCUCCUGUGGGGCUGGCUGUGGGACGGGCUCGGCCUCGCCGCCCCUUGGCUCCGCCUGGCUCGAGCCCGGCGCCUGCCGGGGCCGGCGGGGGCCGCGGGCGCCGCGGCCGCUGCCGCCUCCUCGGCGGCUUCCCCGGCCAGAGCUCCGCCGCUCGCCAGCCCGGCCGCCGGCAGCGAGCCGCCGCUGCCCGCUGCGGCUGGGGAAGCCCGGCCCGGGCCGCUUGAGGGGCGCUCGGGGGCCGUGCCGGGCCCCGGCCCCAACGCUGACGGCCACGUCUCGCCCGCACCGAAGGCCAAGGAGCCGCUGCACGAGCGCUACCGGCUGCAUUCGCUGCUGGGCAGCGGCGGCUUCGGCCGCGUCUACGCGGGGACCUGCCUGGCGGACGGAGCCCCGGUGGCCAUCAAAGCCGUGUCCCGGGAUGGCAUCCGGCGCUGGGGCGAGCUGCCUGACGGCACCCGGGCCCCCCUGGAGAUCGUGCUGCUGGACAAGGUGUCCAAUGGCUUCCCUGGGGUCAUCCAGCUCCUGGAGUGGUUCGAGCUCCCCAACGGGUUCCUGUUGGUGAUGGAGCAUCCGGAGCCGUCUCAGGACCUCUCUCGCUUACUGAGGGCGUGGGGGUUCCUGCCGGAGGAGAUGGCGUGGGGGCUGUUCCGCCAGGUGCUGCAGGCCGUGCGGCACUGCACCAGCUGCGGCGUCCUGCACCGGGACAUCAAGCCCCAGAACAUCCUCCUCCACCUGGCCAGCGGCGAGGCCAAGCUCCUGGACUUUGGAUGUGGCACCUUCCUUAAGGACACGGUCUACACCCAGUUUGCAGGAACACUGUCAUACAGCCCGCCAGAGUGGAUCUACCUCAAGCGCUACCACGGCGAGGAGGCGACCAUCUGGUCCCUGGGCAUCCUGCUCUACCAGAUGGUCUGCGGGAAGCACCCUUUCCGCAAAGGCCCCAACACCAUCUGGGCCCAGCUCCCGUUCCCAGCACGGGUCUCUCCAGGUGGAUACCAAUCUUUGUGGCACGGGGGGAAUAACGGUGUUGGGAGAGGGCAGCGGGCUCACGAGGACGCCGCUCUUGAAGCUGUUUGUGUCCCAUGGGUGGCUGGAGGAGGUGGCCUGUGUCCUGCCAUCCUGCUCUCCUCCAAAAGGGAGAAUCGAUGGAGAAGUUUGGGCACAGCUCUGAGCACAGCCAGCACAGCCUGGGCACGUGGACAGUGGGACAGAGGGGACAGGAUCCUUCUCCAACUGACCGGCCAUUUUCCCCCCAGGCUGCCAGCACCUUAUCAGGUGGUGUUUGUCCAUCCGCCCCUCGGACAGGCCAGCACUGGAAGACCUGUUGUGCCAUCCUUGGGUGCAGGGCAUUCCCCUGCCCUAGAAGACGGGAGAGAUCCACGUGCUCCCUUUGAUCCAGGGGCCUGGCAGCUGGGCCCUCGGCAGAACGCUGACAGCCUGGUCUGGCCCCCAGGGAAGGAGAAGGGGCCUCUGCAGAAGCUGUGCCGGGUGGGCCUGCUGCUGGAGACAUCGAGGACGACGUCAGGGAUGACAAGCUCUCAGUUGACCUGGACGCCGGCGAGCUGAAGAGGAUGGACUUUGAUUCUGGCCCCUUCCUCCAAGCCGUGCUCCACACGCCGUUUGCAGAUGAGUCCACACCCAGGGGGUGCUCCCGGACACGGGCAUUGCUCAGCCUGGCUGGGCACCGAAGGUUCCCCCUUUGCUGAUGGGGAACCUGAGGAAUUCUUCAGCCGGCUGCCAAGCUGCUUCUUGGCAGGAGGGCGGGCGGGUGCUCUGGGCUGGCUGUGAAAGGGGAGCCCGGCUCUGCCCCCAGCCUCUGCCACUGCCCCUUUGCUGGGCGGGGCUGGGGCAGGGGCAGCCAGCCUGCCAAAAACAAACCCCCGUGGGGGGAGCAAAGGCAGGGCUGCAGAACACCAGCUGCUUUGGGCUGCAGGCCAGGAAAGGCUUGGGCUGCCUUGGCUUAGGAGCCUUUCUUUGGGCCAGUGCUGCAGGGCAGGGAGAAGGCCUGGGUUUUCCUCAGCUGGAGGAGGGGGGGUUUUCCUUUGGCCUGCAGGGCUUGGGCCUUCCUCAGAACCCUGACAGAAGGUUAACAUUUUACCUUUUUUUCUUGUUUCCACUUUUGGUUUGUAAUCUCUGUUCAUGAAUUUGUUGUUUGUUUUCCAGGGAAGAGUUGGAGCUGGUGCCCAGUCCGGGUUGGGAAGGGCUGGGACCAUCCCUGGAGAGGAUCUGACGUCCCCUCUGAGAAGGCUGAGGACAUCCUUUGGGACACGCUCUUCUUGCGGCAGCAGAUCUUGGGAGGUAGAUGCUCAUCUUGCCCAUCUUGUCAGCAGCAGUGGGAUAAUGGCUUUGGGGAGAUGGCAGCAGGCACAUGAACAUCCCGCUCUUGCAGCUGCUGAGGAGGUUGAUCUCCUGGGCUUGGCUGGAGGAGGUGGCACCUGUGUUGAGUAA